AUGCAAAAGAAAUACGAAACGUUUUACAGUAAAACAUUGUUUGAAACACGUGCCGAAAGAAUGGUGUCAAACUUGUUAUUUUUAAACUUUCUCUUAUAUUUUCUACCUUCUGUUACUCAAGCUACAUUAUGUGAAGAUAUAAGUGGUCGCUGGGUCAAUACGCUGGGUUCAGAGGUGGUUAUAGAUCAUUUACAGAGUGGGGUAUUACGUGGAAAAUAUUACACGGCAGUGAGUUCGACACGUGGGGAACUCCCUGGUCAUGAGAUAGUUGGUAGGUUGUUUUAACCAAACUAAAGUCAGCAAUAAUCCUCGCAUUAACUAGUUUAGUGGAACUUCUCAGAUUUACGAUUUUUUUUAUAUUUGAAGCCCCCGACUGUAAAGUUUUGGCUUUGGAGGAAACCAUUUUCCUGCGCAAAAAUUCUUGCUAUAUAUGUAAAUCUGCGCAAAAUUCCUCAAUUGUAAAAUACUGCAAAUAAUUUCUGACACAUCUGCACAAAAAUUACCUGUGCAAAAUAAAACUUUUCAGUCAAUUAACACAAGUGAAAAGUAGAUAUACUAACUUGGUGCUACAUUAUGCACCUAUCAAUGUUAACCCCGAGGGAGGGGGGGUCGGGCAAGGGGAGUGGGGCGGGCAAGGGGUGGGGAUUUGACAUUUUUACAAAAAAAAAUGUCAAAUGCCACUCCCUCAGGAGAACAUUCCUGGGCAAAAUUCCCCACCCCAGGAUGAAAUUGUAUUCCUGAAGUAUUUGGUUUCUGGUGCACUCUAUAUGUCAGGUGAUAGGGAAAUUACACAAAUACAUUUGGCGGUAUAAUUUAAAAGUAUAACAAAUAUAAAGAACGUUUCAAAAUAACUUAAAAUACUCAUUAAUAAUUCAUAUACCUUGCGGCAAAUCAUGUCAGCCAUAUUAUGUCACGUGAAGUGAGUUUAUAAUAUCUGAUAAAACACUAGCCUGUGUUCCAGUCCGCUACACCACGGUGUAAUAGACUGGAACACAGGCUAAUAAAACACAGUAUUCUUAUAUAAUUAUAUUGUCAGUAUCUUAUAUAAUUGUUUGCCCUAAUUAGUAUUCUUUUGUAGUUGUAUUUUAAGUUGUGCGCCUCGCGUUUGAUAUCUGAUAAAACACACUCUUACUUGUGUUUUAAAUAGUACAUAAUGUGAACUUUUAACAUAUAAGUAUAAAUCGAUAUUAAUAUAAUUAUAAAAUGGCUUAUAGGUGUUUAUUUCUUGUCCAGAAAUCUCCAUAUUUCUUGUAAAAACAACACGCGAGACAGCGAGCGAUAAACUAGUGCCCAGUCUUCAGUUUGUUCCCGACUCUUCCACAGUCCCUCGUUACAUUUUAGUGCGGGAGGAUAUGCCCGUUCGCGGGUUAGGCAUUGACAGCUACAACGCGGGCGACUGGGGACGAGUCAGAGUUUGUUCUAAAAUUGGCUCAGGUUUCUUCAGUAUAUCGUCCGACAUCAGUGUUAAUCUGUCAAAAAUCCCAACCCUGGGCCACUUAGAAAAAAAUCCCCCCCUUUGCCCGACCCCCCCCCCUCGGGGUUAACAUUGAUAGGUGCAUUAAAAAAGAGUUAUCCAUGCUAUCAAGGACUAUUAACAUAAGUUUUUUUCUCCUAGGAACAUUACCAUACAACAAGCCAGGCUCUUCAUUUGCAUUUUCCGUCACAUGGAAUAAUGGAAGUUCAACAACUGUGUGGACAGGACAAUGUUUAGUGUGUAAUGGCAAAGCAACAUUAGAAACGACUUGGCUUUUAAGAUCUUUUGUUAAUUCUUGUAUUGACAAAUGGAAGUCUACAUGUAUAGGUAGCUUUACAACAUUUUAAAAAUCUUUGUCAGAUAGUUCAACACAAACCACGACACAAGGUGUUAGCCAGGAUUUCAAAAGUGGCCGUCCAAAAUAAUUUUGUGGGUGCGGCAACAUAUUUUUGUGGGCAUGGUCACAUGUUUUUGGGUGUGGCCGCAAUUUCCUGUUGUUGAGGAAUUGUGUUGUUUUAUUCGUUGAACCACAGUUAAUAGACCUAGACGUUGAACCAUUCUACUUUUAGUUUUAGAUGCACAUUUCCGCCAUUAAAUUAGUAAAAGCACCGACAUAUUGUAUGAUCACUACCGUAUCUGUAACGUGGCACUCGAGCGAUAAAGCGAUUGCUGUUUUUUAAAACAGCGGUUUCACAUUAUUCUCCUUGAUACUUCAUGCGAGAAUCAUCAAAAUGGUUACAAAAACAUGGCGCGUUUUACAAAAAUAUGGCGCGAAGUAUUCAAGAAAUAUUACAAAGCUUGUAGGUUGCUAUUUAAAGAAAAUAUUCCCUUAGGCCGUCCAUGGCCGUCCAUUAAAAUUUAGCCGUCCAAAUUCAGAAGUGGCCGUCCAUAGGACGGUUGGACGGCUGCCUGGCUAACACCCUGCCAUGACAUAUUAUUGUACAAUACUACCAACACUGAACCACCAUGUUUGAGAUAUUUUAGGUAGUCUGGGUCAUGCUUUCUAACUUGUUUAUCGCAAAAAUUUAUAGGAAAAGAUGUCUUUGAAUGGAAGCUAACAACAGAGAAGGGUAUUCCUAAUCAAAAUUUAGAAACACCACAUAAAUCUACAGUAUCUAAGUGUGAUCUACAUGGCAUUUGGUAUAACAAUGUUGGUUCUGAAGUUAUCUUGAACCAAACAGAAUAUGGAGUAAUCAGUGGUGAAUAUCGUACUGCAGUUGAACGAGAGAAAGGCAGUGCUGGUGCAACUCACUCACUUGUUUACGGCUCCAGUGCUUAUGGUAAUCCAAAUACAACAUUUUCCUUGAUAGUUGUGUGGAGAGGUGGCGCAUCUGUGACAGGUUGGAUUGGACAGCGUCAUAUUUGUGAGAACAAUACAGCUAUACUGGAAAUGAGUUGGUUAUUAAGAAGUAAGGUUGAUAGUUGUGAUGAUGUCUGGAAAUCGACAAUGUUUGGUGUGAACAGUUUUACACGUCAUGAACAGAAAUUAGGACCAAGGAGGAAUCUGGGUAAACACACACCUAAUAGGGAUGGUGAAGAUUUUGGUGGUGGCUCAGCUAGUUUAAUCAUUUCAAAUAUUUUGCUUGUUGCAGCUUUAUUUUCUGCAUGGAUUGUACAUGACUAGCACAAGGUUCUAUCAAGCAACAUUAACAUGCAGUAGAUAAAGCUUAGUAAAAAAAUUAUUUCUGCUCAUAACAAAGGGGGACCCCCAGAUAUAAACAUGGCCCAAAUUUUGCAUCUUUCGAAUUGUUUUGAAUUGAAACGUAGAGUUUCUAUAUAUUUAUAAGCAUAGCGAACCAGAAAAGUGUUAGAUAUUCUGUUAGUAAGCAUAUCAUAUUUUACGAUUAUAGCAGUUCAAAACGUGGACGUCAUCUUUAAUCUUAUUUAAUUUGGGGUCCAAAAGGAUUGCUCAAGAGAAUAAUUAAGAAACUUAUAAGGUUAUUAAGACCAUUUAGUUAGAUUUUAUGAUUAUUUAUGCUAUAUGUUCAUUGAUAAUUGACUAUUAUUAUGGAUUAUUAUCAAUGAUAAUUAUUUAUUAAUUAUUGUUGAGUAGAUUAUUUUUUGAAAAUUAAUACAGUGAGUUGAAAAGCACAGCUGUGUUUUAUUAUGUGUCAUUUACUAAAGCUAAGGACUGGAGGCAUGGACCAGUUUGGAAUAUAAAUUAAACUUCAAUGAAAUUUUAAGAACUUUUAUUUUUUUCAAUGCGGAGUAGAAUUCACAGAAAAGAUGCAGCUCGACGUGCGCAAAAAGCGUAACAAUGCUCUCGUUGUAAAUUUGUGAUUCUACAAAAUGGAACUUAUCUCAAAACGCAACAAAUGAAACCAUUUCAAAGUUUGCCUUGUUUUUUCUGAUUGAUGAGUUUCGUCUCUUGGUUUUGUUUCCCGUUUAUUGCUCUUUGUUUCGCUUUCAUUCUUGCUUUGAGGUCACAGAAUCUUCAUGAGCGCUGUCCUUCAGAGCUUCCCGUACCAUCAUGGGGAUUUCUUUCUCAGCAGUCAAGUGUUGGGUGACGGCAGACAAGGCUGAUUCCACUUUGUCAUUGUGUUCAUGAAACAAAGGUCUGAUAAUAUUGGCGUACAUGACAUGAGAGCCAUUGGCCGUGAUAGGAGCCAUGCACCAGGCGAGGAAGAGAAAUUUCAGCAAGUAAUACAUGGGCAGCCACACAAGGAAAAUCUCCAGCACUAUUUCAAGAACAUUGAUUAUACUGUACACAAUCCAGUACAUCAGCCAAUGUUCUUUUUGCUGGCCAUGAAGAUUUUCUAAAAAAAUUAAGAGUAAAAGUUAACU